CUUCGCCAGUCACUCCCUUGCCAUAUUGACGGUUCCUGACGCCUUCCGCUCCUUCCCAUACUCGACGUACCUCCUGCUUGCGAAAUCUGACCCCUUAUUUCUCUCCGCGAAUUUACUACCGAGUACCCCUCCAGCCGCACCGCAAGUCUACCAACACACUCAAAUGAGCAAACGAGCCUCUCGUUCCAAGAACCGCGGCUCUGUACUACGCGAGCAGAGCUCCACCGACGCGCUGCAGGAGAAGAAAGGAAACGGACAUGCGAAUACAAGCGCGACUAUGAACGGCGUCAUGUUGGAGCAUCGGCGCAGACAUGCUUCUAUCGACAGUACAUCGCCGUCGAGUCAGGCUGCGUCGCUGAUGGGCAGCUCUUCCUUUACCCUGGACGACGAAGUACCCUCUCUGGGCCAAGAAGAGGAGGGCCCGUCGAAAGGCUUCUUCGAGCUGUCCAAAAAGGACCAGAGCAAUUUUCUGCUGCUUGUGUUGCUGUACUUUCUCCAGGGAAUCCCCAUGGGGCUGGCGCAUGGCUCGGUGCCCUUUUUGCUCAAGAACAACGUCUCGUACUCUGCCAUUGGAGUCUUCUCGCUCGCGGCAUAUCCGUACUCCCUCAAGCUUCUCUGGAGCCCCAUCGUGGACGCUUGGUGGUCGCCCAAGGUGGGCCGUCGGAAGAGCUGGAUCUUGCCCAUUCAGACCAUCUCUGGGUUUUCGAUGAUAUGGUUGGGCAGGAAUAUCAAUAGGAUGAUGAAGGAGGCGGGCGAGGUCGAUGGUGCUGUUUGGACUUUUACUUGGUGGUGGUUUGCGUUGGUGUUCCUGUGCGCUACGCAGGACAUCGCUGUAGAUGGCUGGGCUCUCACACUGCUUUCAAAGGAGAAUCUCGCAUACGCUUCGACAGCUCAGACCGUAGGCCUUACAGCCGGCCAGUUCCUCUCCUAUACAGUCUUCCUAGCCUUCAACUCGAAGGACUUUGCAAACAAAUGGUUCCGCCCACUGAACGCCCCGAGUGAGAGCGGCCUCAUGGAACUCGACGGCUAUCUGACCUUCUGGGGCUGGGCAUACCUUGUCGUCACUCUUGGGCUGGCAGUCAUGAAACGGGAGGACCGCGACAAGAAUGGCGACGGCAUCAAGGAGGUCUAUCAGUCGAUGUGGGGUAUCCUCAAGUUGAAGAACAUCCAGAGCUUCAUCAUCAUCCACCUCAUCGCCAAGAUUGGCUUCCAGGCAAACGAUGCGGUUACUAGCCUAAAGUUGCUUGACAAGGGUCUGAGGCAAGAGCAAUUGUCUCUGGUCAUCCUCAUUGAUUUCCCCGUCGAAGUCUUCCUGGGCUACUACAUUGGGAAAUGGUGCCAAUCCUACCCACCCAUGCACAUCUGGUGCUGGUCGUUCAUCGGACGCCUGGUCGCUGCGGGCUUCGCACAGUUCGUUGUCUCUGUAUUCCCGGCUGGAGGCGCGACGUCUAGUUUCCUGUUGCUGGUGAUUGCCGAGCACGUCCUGUCGACAUUCAUGAACACGGUCAUGUUCGUUGCGGUUAGUGCGUUCCAUGCGAAGAUUUCCGAUCCGCUUAUUGGGGGAACGUACAUGACGCUUCUUGCUACUGUCUCAAAUCUCGGCGGCACAUUCCCGCGCUACUUUGUCCUCAAAGCCGUCGACAUCUUCACAUCCGCUACCUGUCAGCCUCCGGCGACUCCGCUGAAGGCUGAGCUUCUGAAAGGUCCUCUUGUGACUCAACCGUUCUCCUGCUCUUUUGAAGCAGACAAACAUCGAUGCCGCGACGGUGGAGGCAUGUGUAACGUCACUACAGAUGGCUAUUACAUUGUGAAUAUUCUGUGUAUAAUAGUUGGAGUUUUGACCUUCUGGGGCUUCAUCAAACCAGCGGUCAUGAGGAUCCAGGCGUUGCCGUUGAAGGCGUGGCGGUUGGCUGGGUGAAAAGAUACGCUUGGAGGACAUGGUCUAGAAGCUAGACAUUACGCAUUACACAAAUUUUACACACCUACACAGAAUAGUGUGCCACCUCCGAGACUCGGUAUGGACCAUGUGUCACCGCCCUGGGCUUAGAACAGUCCAUGUUGUCAUCUGCAGCUUUGAUUGCUGAUCAUGCCAGCCGUCAGCACGCUCUCCGACACCGAAGCCUCCUCAUGACUCAAUUUGCCAUCCAUGUCGAGAAAUCUCUGUCCCAUGGUGUGCUCAUUGAUCAAGUUAGACCACACACCCCGAUGACGGUGUAUCUCCACCGCCAAGCUGCACGUCCACCGCGCGCUUCCUCGUGACCAGGCGUCUCAGUCGGCCAAUAGCGGCAGUGGGUCGGCCUUGGCAAGCCUCUUGGUCUCAAAGAGCGCAGGUGGCAUGCAGGUACACGCU